CGGCAGUCUCGCCAUGCCGCUUUACGAGCCGCAGGUGGCCACGCGCCGCGCCACGUUCGGCAUGUCCUGAUUCUGGUUCCCGGAGGCGCAGUUCGGCUGCGCCCCCGGGGUGGUCCGCACCCGAGUCGGGUACGCGGGCGGCACUCGUGUCAAUCCGAGUUACUACAGCCUGGGAGACCACACAGAAACAGUGGACAUCGAGUAUGAUCCGGAGCAGACGAGUUAUGAGCGCCUGCUGCAGGUGUUCUGGCGUAACCACGACCCCACCUCCAACUGCUCCAGACAGUACAUGUCGGCAAUAUUCUACCAUGACGAUGAGCAGAAGACGCUGGCGGAGAGGACGAUGAAAGACGAGAGCGUGCGGCACAGGAAGAAUAUCACCACCAAAAUUAUGCCCGCCAAGGAGUUCUACGGCGCCGAAGACUACCACCAGAAGUACCUGCUGCAGAAGCACGGCGCGCUGCUCAACUCGCUGGACGUGGAGCCGGGCGAGGAGCUGGUCCGCUCGCACGCCGCCGCCAGACUCAACGGUUACGUCGGCGGGUACGGCAGUCUGGAGCAGUUUGACGGCGAGUGGGAGAAGCUGGGCCUCAACAACCAGAUGGCCGAGUACGUCAGGAACGUGAUCCGCACGGGACGGCGCCACUAGUGCCAGCGCCUGGCCACCAGCCCUGGGGCAGUCACCGGAGUUGGUGACAGGUUCCCAGGUCCUGGGGCAGUCACGGGAGCAGGUGACAUGUUCCCAGGUCCCGGGCCAGUCACCGGAGCCGGUGGCACGACUGCCCCACCCACCCACCCACCCUCCGAACUUUGUAGAGGCUACUAGAAGCUGGUAUUUUCGCACGAUAACUGUGCCCCACCGAGCCUCCAUUUGCUCCGCUAGGUCGGCGGCGAUCCCGGCGCGCGGGCUGAGGUCGGCCGGUCGGGAGGGCCGGCCCGGGCGUGCCGGCGGCCAGCGGCGCGCGCGGCGUGUGACGGCCGCCGCGUGAACCCGACCUCGGGACGCGGCAGUCAGAGGAGAGCCGCGCGCGCCCGCCGGCCGACGCCGCCCGCGCCGGUCCGCACCGACCCGCAAGCCGCUCCCGCCGCGCCGGAGGCACUGGCGCCAACUCGCAGGAGCCUGGAUCACGCGAUAAAUCGCUCGUGAUUACGUCGCCAAUGUGACGCGUAGGCUGAUGCUAUUGCACGAAAUGGGAAAUCAAGGUGUUUUACACGUAUAUUUUCGUCACAUAUGUUAUAAAUACAGACUAAUACAACCCACCGACACUG